AUCUCAUUUCAAUAUGGAGGCUUUUGCCGGGCAGUCUGACAGAUCAGACCAUGCCAUGGUAGUGUAGACCUAAAUACGCAGAUGUUUUAUGUCCGGAAGUAGGAACAUAUUGCAUGAAUUAGACAUUAUGUAAUCGCCUGAUCCUGUUUCUUUGACUUCUGUGGACUGUGAGUGUGAUAGGAACUUCAACAUCUGUCCUGUGUGAAUAAAUCUCUACAGAAUGAGUCUUGGUUUUGUUGGCCGGCUGUUCUCUGGGAUUAGAGGAUAUUACAAUGAAAUCAAUGGUGCUACACUCACUGGUGCAAUUGAUGUCCUAAUAGUGGAGCAAGAGGAUGGAACGUAUUUGUCAUCACCAUUCCAUGUUCGUUUUGGAAAGAUGGGUGUUCUGCGGUCAAGAGAGAAAGUGGUUGAUAUUGAGAUCAAUGGUGAAGUGGUUGACCUGCAUAUGAAACUUGGGGAGGCAGGAGAGGCAUUCUUUGUCCAACAAGUUUGUGAGCAGUCAGAGGAAUUCCCUGAAUAUCUGGCAACAUCACCGAUUCCCUCCUCAAUGGCGCUGAUGAUGGAUGGUGUUCAGGGACUGAAGCUCCAGGCACAGCAGUCCGAUGAGGCCAAGGUCACCGAGUGGCAGCAGAGGUCACUCCAUGGAGCUAUUCCUGAGAACACAGAGGACGAAACGUCCAUCAUUCACACAAUAUCAUUGAAAGACCUCAAGAGUGAUAGCUCACAUGAUGAGCUGUCAUCUGCGGGCAAACAGAGGCGAAAAGUUUACACAAAGAAGAAGCAAAAGUCAGGAAAAGCCUCCCCAAGAGCUCAUCUAACUGGAUCUGAUCAAGACGGAGUUUUCGAGAUGGACACAUCGGAGUCCUCUGAUGAUGAGCUCAAGAAGCUUUCUGUCAUGUCGAAGAGUCUCAGUAUGCCGUUACCCCAGUCAGCAGAGGACAAACCCCACAUCAAGAGCUGGAGGAAGAGUUCAACUAUUGAGGCAUUUAUGCAUCCUUUGAGUGAGCCAGAAAUGGACCCUGCAGAUCCUAACAGCCCACUUCCAUCACGCUGCUCGAGCCCCAAGAGUGACACUGAGGUUGAUAUUCAGCGUGUAGAAGACUCACAGCGGUCACUGCUGAUGGAGGAUAGUGGGACAUGGGAGUGGGGAGCCUUUCCUACACCCCCAACAUCUGAACUGAAUGUUCCAAAAACUGACAGUCAGGUUAAAGAGGAGGAGGCCUCUAAGCAGCAGGGUGGUGGUCUGUUCAAGUUAUGGAAGAAGACGCCAGACAAGGACAUAAAAAAAGCGACAAAAGAGAUCUACCUGGAUGAACUGACUCUAGAAGACCCAGAGAUGGCCAAAAUAUACCUGGGUACACCUAAAGGGUUCCAGUCAAUCAAGGAGAAAGAAGAUGACACAGAAUCUGGCCGCGGACCUUCACUGCCCCAGUCUCCACAUUCUGUAGAGGGAGCCAUUGGUGGACCAUCGGUUAGCUUCCUUCAGUCCGAGGUUCGCCAUCUUGGUCGAGUGUCACUGUCGCUCUGUGGUGGCCUUAGUGACCCCGAUGGUGUCAACCUUGACAAGUUCAUGCAGAAGGUUGUGACCUUUGAUGACCUCAGUGAGAACCCAAAUAUGAUCGCCAACCCUGACUUGGUGGUCAAAGUGGACGAUGCAUAUUUCAACUGGGCAACCGCCUCGCCAAUGAUUUUAUCACAGAUGGUCUUCCGACAAGAUCUACCAGAGAGUACGAGUCAAACACUGAUCAAAGAGCACAUGCCAAAGAAGGAGAAGAAGAAGGGUUAUUCCUGGUUCUCAUGGCGACGUGGUGAUAGUGCUGUACCCCCCUCGUCUGCUUCCAGUGCUUCAGAGCUCAACAUAGACACAUCCUCCAACAAGUCUAACCUGAGUGAUGUUGGCAGUCCCCCUACAAGUCCCCCUCCCAGUGUAACAAGCACUCCACGCAAGGUUAAGAAGGACAGCAAUGCUGAAGGUCUAGAAGAGCACCACACCUCCAGUGAACCAGACACCGACCACUCAGAGAAGGACAGCAUUGGCAGUCCAAAGACUAGUACUGUGGAACCCAGCAUUGCCAAACCUAGUGUUGUUGAAACUAGUAGUCCCAAGAGUCUGACCCCGGGGAGCCCUCGGUCAGGGAGCGUCAGUCCUAGCUCCCGGGCCAGCAGUGUCAAGAGUGACCACAGUGGUCACAGUGUUAAGAGUGACAGUGCUUUUAGCAUGAGUGCCAAGAGUGAUGUGAUAGCCAGUGUUAGUGCCAAGAUAGAGGAACAAACUGCCAAGAAUGAAGCCAAAUCUGAUGAUGAGGAAUCUUUCAGGCCUGAUAAAUUUAAGAAGACACUCAGGCUUUCAUCAGAACAGAUUAGCAAGCUGAAAUUAAAGGAGGGUCAGAAUGAAAUAUCCUUCUCCGUGACAACACAGUACCAAGGCACAACACGCUGUUCAUCUCACAUCUACCUGUGGAAAUACAGUGACCACAUUGUGGUGUCCGAUAUCGAUGGAACUAUCACAAAGUCUGAUGUCCUGGGUCAGAUACUGCCCAUUUUAGGUCGAGACUGGUCACAGUCUGGAGUAGCAUCGCUCUUCACAAGGAUACAGAAGAAUGGCUACAAGUUGCUGUACCUCUCUGCUCGAGCUAUAGGCCAGUCCCGUAUCACCAAGGAACUGCUGAGAGGCAUUAAGCAAGGGGAGCUGGUUCUUCCUGAAGGGCCGCUGCUGCUCAACCCAACGUCUCUCAUCAGUGCUUUCCAUAGGGAGGUUAUCACGAAAAAGCCUGAAGAGUUCAAGAUCAGCUGUUUGAAGGAUAUUAAUGCCCUGUUCACUCGAAGCCCGUUCUAUGCAGGAUUUGGCAACAAGAUUAAUGAUGUUUGGGCAUACAGAGCUCUCAACAUCCCCAAUUUUCGUAUCUUUACAAUCAACCAUCGUGGAGAGCUGCGUCAUGAGCUGUCAAACACGUUCCAGUCAUCUUACACCCGAAUGAGUGACGUCGUAGACCACUUCUUCCCCCCGGUGGAAAAGUCUCAGGCAUGUCUGGAAGAAUUCAGUUCUGUGAGUUUCUGGAGGGAACCACUGCCUCCCAUUGAUCUUGAACUGGUUGAUGAAACAAAAGUAGGCAAAGGCGAUGGUCGAAAAGUGGAAGCAAAGAAGGAAAUCAAGAGAUGACCACUAGGGACAGCCCCACUACCCAGAAUGGGCUCCAUGGAUCGGGUUGAUAGUAAGACUCGACGGUCAGUGUGGACGUUACCACUGCCUUUUAUGUCCUAGUGUAGUUCAUCAUCAUUACUUUUGUCUCUUGGACAUUGUGUAGCCAGUGGAUGCUGGUCAUCCUUUGACCUAAAAUGAACCAUCAGUUUUGGUCAGCAAAAUGGUGACAAUGAUCCCAAGUGUCUCUUCUGAUGAAACAAGAACAUGAAGGUGACAGACGCCCCAGGAAGCUCAUCAAGGAGAGGCCGAGGAUGAGUCUCAUCUCCUGUCUAGCUUGAGAUUGUACAAACCUCAUUGGACUUGUCAUACCAGUCCAGCUGAACAAAUAGAAGAUAACAUUGUACAGCCAACCCACAUCCUGAUCACCUUCGAUGCAAGUCAAGAAAGCCAGGUCACUGAACACUUCCAAUCCCUGGGCUGUCAUUUUAUUGACAUCCUAAUUGUGUUCCUUCACCAGUUCUAGUCCGUGGUCAAGCAUUUAAUUGUAUACUAAUCAAAGUAUCUGGUCCAGAUUGUUAGUAUAGUUUUACAUAAUGAUGUCACUGCUUGAUGUAGCAUUGCACACGGUCUAUGCAAAGGUGCACUUCAACGGUUGAUGGAAACACACUAGACAAUCAAUCUUCCGGGAUGUUAGAGACACAUGUUAGAGAUAUGUUGUGAGUGAUAAUAGCAUUACCUAUAGCUGUAUAUACAUAUUCCCACACCAGUGAUACAACGUUUACCCUGUGAUACAAAACGUGCCAGGCUGUGACAAGCUGUCUCUUCAUCUUUCAAGCAUGAUGAGAAUGCCAUCUGAUCUGUAUUGUUUUCUUAUGCUAACACACCUAAAUGAUUUACUCAUAUCAUCUUGUCAGAUAUGCUAUGAUUACCCAGAUGUGGGAUUCCACCACAAACAUUGUUUUUAAAAUUUACUAAUCUAGAGUUACUUCCCUUCAUGUGAAGAAGUAGCCAUAACAUACAUGAAGCAUUCCCAUUUGACUGAAGGAGAGUUAUCUCCCUUUGCCAAAUAUAUUUUCCGAAUGCCCUUGAGACGAACUAACAGCUGACCAAUGUCAUUAACAAUGCAACCCUGACCAAAACAAAGUCUCCAAAGAUGACCAUCAUACCUCAUUAGAGUAAUGGUUACCAUGGUUACUAACAUGUUACAAAAUGAGUGUUGAAGCUGAGAGGCAAUUGAAUGAUACAACCAAAUGAUGUAUUAAUUACUAUAUGUACAUUGUAAACUUUGUAAGUCUUUAAGCCCAUACAAACAAAGUAUGUUCAGAAAAUGUAGCAGCAUAAUGUCUGCCGUGAAACCAUUCUCUGUUUCUAUGUUUCUUCAUAUUCAAAUCAUGAUAUUAGCUGUCAUAGCCAUGUACUUAGUUCAAUAUAUAAUCAUUGUUCCCAUGUCAAAGCAAAGAGUCGCUUAAUGUUUGAACAUUAUGUGGUCGAUGCACCCAGAGUGACCAGACCGAGAAGUUGUGAUGUAAUUGCACUAUUGGUGUGAUGCGGCCAAAGACUGUUUUUUCAGUAACAUGUCGAUUGUGAUACUCCAUGUGACUGCUCAAUGUCUGUCUUAAAUGGCGCGUGGAUGUUUCAGUAUGAAGCACCUCCCUUGAAAAUAGAUCUCCCUCAGCAGUCUGAGCAUGUUGAGGAAGUAAGAGUUAUCCCCCCUGCAAUCAGCAUUGUGCUAUCUGUGAUUGGUGUUUCAUCUCAUUGCUCAUGCACACGACAGCAUUUCAUCAUAGUAGACGUUAUUUUUAUAUCCUUGAAGUAUUACAGUUGUAUAUGUUCAUCUAACCAUAGAUGUAAUAGAUGAAGCUCCUGAGUGUAGGGAUUGCCCUGUGUGGUCACUGUGGUGAUGUUUCACAGCCUGCAUGACUGUAUCCCCAGUUGAUGUGACGAUAUAGCAAGUGUGGUUAGCUGUAUGAGGAUGCUACCUGUGGGGUGAUGAGAAGGAUAAUAAAUGUCAUGCUAUGGUUACUUCAUCCUUCUCUCAUCUCUUAAGUGUUUGAAAUAACCACUUUAUGUGUAAUAUGAAUGCAAGAUUUACUCGAUAUUUGGUUAACAUGCAUCUAAUUAUCAUUCAUCUAAUGGUAGCACUCGUCAUGAAUAGCUGCAAAAAUGCUGAUGCGGCAUAAACCAAUAUUCACAAUGCACUCUAAUGGCAACUGAAUAGAAGUGAUCUGUAGUGAGUAUAUGCUGAUGCUGUUGCUACAAUGUCUUGCCAUUCUUGUCUCCCGAAGUGAUACUAUGUCUGAUUCAUCUGUCUCAAGUUGCUGGGACUUGUGUGUGUUUACAUAAUUCACGCAAAGCACAGUAUUUAUUGUUCAUCCUAUUUGUGACUUGCAAGGAAAGCAUGCAUACAUCAGUGUGUGAAUCAUUGAAGUUUCAUUAUUUUGUCCACAUUAUGAUUUGUUCCUCAUUGAUAGGUAAUUCUUGACAUCAGUGACCUACCAUCAGUGUAGUUGAUUGUACACUCAGUGAGAAGCAGCUGAUCUCAUUUGUUAACGUGGUGGUAACCUGGUGAUACUUCAUUUUGUCCAUGUGUAGUCCCAUCUUUCAUUGAGACACCAUGACACCACGUCAUCCUGUAUAGAAUUACCAUCCAUCACUUGAUUAAUCACGUUUUCUUUCUACACAAACUUGCAUUUCUCCUGUGGUAGAAAUUUACAGUAUGUUCACUUUUCUUGUAAUCCAGCUGAGACAAACUCAGUAUUUUUAGCAAGAGUGUUUUUCUGACCGGAUGGUUUUGUUUUCCUUUGUCUAUACGUAUUCACCGCUAACUGUAAAUAGUGUGCUUCUAGUGCUAUGUUAUAACUGUGAAGGGUUUCUUAGUAUGUUUGCCUUUGUAGAAAUAUAUGCAUACAUAUAGUGAAACCUUGUUAAUCUGGAUGACAACGCUAAAGUGGAAUCAUCUGGAUUAAAGCUCCACAUCAUCAAGUGAUGUAUCAGAGCUGUAAAUAUAUAGAUUUUACCCAAUCAAAUCAUCUGGAAGGCGAGGUUACCUGACCAACAAGGUUUCACUAUAAUCUUAUCUGUACAUAUCAUGAAAGUAUAGAUACACUAUCAUCUUCAUAAUACCUACACCUCUGUAUACUGGACAGGAACCCAGGGAGUAGAUGGGCUGAUUCAGUGCAUUUAACUGAAAAAUAUAUUUUACAUGUUCUCAAAUUUGACUUGGGCAUUCCUUGAUUGUAUUUAUCUUCUGUAUUUCCCAAAGGAUUAGAUACUUUCAGAACAGCUGAUCAGUCACAAUGGCGCUGUGAUGUGUGGUUUGCCUGUCCUGUUUGUAUAGGUGUAGGGACAUUAGCAGGAACGGAGACUGAAGCCUGAUAAUUAUCACAGUAUUACUUUUCAAGUAAUAUUAUAAAACAAAAUUUUGAAAUAGUGAAAACUAAUAAUUGAACUCACUAUCCUUUCAUAAGGACAUGCAAGAUAUAUUUUUAUCAAAAUUAUUAAUCAUAAACAUGCUAAAUUUGAUAAAAUUUAUAAAAAAGGUAAAAUUAAGAAAUGUUUCUAAAUAUCUCUUUGCUUAUAUUUUAUUAAGGCAUCACUUUUGGAAAAUUGCUGCUUGCUUCUUUGUAUAUUAUCACCCAAAAUUCAAAAGAAGAGAUAUCAGUGUGUUCUGAAAGGGAAUUCUGCAUGACAGUUUAGUAAGUUUGCAAGUAUGUGGAAUAGCUUGAUCAUUUUAAUUUAGGUCAUGGGGUAAUCACAUUCCUAGGCUAGUGUAUCUGGCUUGUGCAACCCGUGUUGGGUGUGCACUGCUGCACUCUUGGCAUGCUGUGGACUGUGCAUAAUGUCCCUAGUUCUAGGGGAUGCUGAUUGCCUGUGUUCUCCUCUAUCAACAUCUCAUCAUGUGUAUAUGUGAUCAUCCAUAAAUGUGUUAUUGACUAUUUUGUUAUUAAGUGCGACUAGAAUUAUCUGGUUAUGAUACUGUUAUUUUGUUUCAGCUGAUGGUGUAUGUUUUAUGUACCCAUAUGAAUAAAUGAACUAUUAUGAA